UGUUACCAAUAAGCUGCAAGUUUCAUCUCUGUUCUUACUCCAAGGGAGAGGGCAAGAGCUCACGAGGCACUGUGGAAAUGGCUGUUGCGGAGGCUGUGUUCCCGCCUGCCAACCUCACCUCCAGCAACCAGAGCAGCUGCAACGUGCACAACCACCACUUCUCUGCCAAAGUCACCUUCUCCCUCUUCUACACUGCCCUGCUGGUGUUCGGUGCCUGCGGGAACAUCCUGGCCCUCUGCAUCACCUUCCAGAGCAGGAAGAAGAAACUCAACUCCACCGACCUCUACCUGGUGAACCUGGCCCUCUCCGAUGCGCUCUUCACCCUGGCACUGCCGGGCAGGAUUGCCUACUAUGUCCUGGAGUUUGAUUGGCCAUUUGGGGACUGGUUCUGCCGGGUUACAGCCUUCAUUUUCUACAUGAACACUUAUGUGGGCAUCUACUUCAUGACCUGCGUGAGCGUGGACCGCUACAUCGCCGUGGUGCGCACCAAGCACCCCGGCAGGAUCCGCAAGAUGAGCCGUGCCAGGGGUGUCUGCAUCCUCAUCUGGUCCUUGGUGUUCCUGCAGACAGCACCGCUGCUCCUGCGGCCCAUGACGCGGAGGAUGGGGGACAAGUUGACGUGCAUGGAGUACUUCAACUUUGAGGAGAUUCCCAAGCUGCCUUACCUGCUCCUGGGAGCCUGUGUGAUUGGAUUUUUCCUGCCUGUGGGUAUCAUCUUGGUGUGCUAUGUGAGGAUCAACCUCAAACUCUGCCAGACAGCCAAGGAGAACCCUCUGACAGUGAAGAAUGGGCACCACCACAGGGCCUUCACCAUCAUCCUGGUGGUGCUGCUGGCUGUCCUGCUCUGCUUCAGUCCCUAUCACCUCAACAUCAUCCAGUUCAUGGUCAGGAAGAUCCUGUACCAGCCGUCCUGCCGUGAACAGCAAGCCUUCAAGAUGUCCCUGCAAGUCACUGUGGCGUUCAUGAACCUCAACUGCUGCAUCGACCCCAUCAUCUACUUCUUCGCCUUCCGGGGCUACAAGCGCAGGCUGCUCCGCAUCUUCAGGAACAGCGGCUCAAUGACCUCCUCCUCCACUGCCAAGACCCCCUCUGACAGCAACAGCCACAGCCAGCAACCUGCCUCCAUCUCUGUCUAGUGGCACAACUCAUCCCUUCCGCUCUGGCCUGCAGCUUAUGAACCAUCCCCAAGGGCAGGAGCUGGAGUUGGGCUGCAAGGACCAGCACCUCCAACAAGGCUCCAUCGCUCCCCUUCCUGAAGCCAGGGGCUCUCACAAAGCCAACCCUGCUGUGACACAGCCUUGCCUGGCUCCACAUGGCUGGCUCUGUGCUCAGCACUGCUGGACCACCAUCCUGGAGAACAGAGUUGGUCCAUUUUCAUUCAUCCCCAGAGGAGGUAGCUGGUGCAAUGGCAAACCCAGCUGGGGGUUUCUCAACUGCACCAUGCCACCCUCCCUCUCCUGUCUGCAUUCCCUGUGGGGCUGGUGGCUGCUGGUGACCACUAUGGCUGUCCUGCCUCCCUGCCCUGGAGCACUGGGGCAGUGUCCCCACAGGCCUUGGGGCAGCUGGCAUGGAGCACAUGGACUCGGGGCAUUUCAGGAAAAGGCUGGGAUGUUACUUCCAUGCAGAAAGUCGUCUGCAGCUCCUUACCCGCACUGAGAAACAGCAGCUCCGCUCCCCUCUAGCUCAGCAUGCCCACUCUUGCACCCAGGUGCUGCAUGGGGUGAGCAGUAAAAGCGACCAGAAAAGCCCUUCCUCAAGGGAGGGGGUGAGGAUGUGAAGCUGCAGAGCUCCUGGGAGUGCUGCUGCCUGCAUCCGCUGCUUGGGCGGCUGCUCCUUCCCCAGGGUGCCUUUCCUCACUGCUGACAGUGCUGUGGUUGCCCUGGGACCCAUUGACAGGAAGGGGAUGCCGGUGCUGGGACUGCAAACCCACUCUGGGGGCACUCGCUGGGGAAUCCCUCCCACCCUUACUUGAAGGGAGUGGAGGAAAGGGGACAAGGAGUAGCCUUACCUGACCUUGACUGGCCUUUGCUUGAACCUGUUGCCCUGACAAGUCUGAGAGACUUGGUAAGGGCAACUUACAUGUUGGGUUCCCGUCGAGUUAUGAGCCCGUGCGAUGAGGGGGAAGUCAUCAGGAGCAGGGACUUCCUAGGCUCUUUUCUGAAGUCACAGGACUAUGAUAAAAUAAACACAUGCAGGAUUCCACAGUUCCUGGGAAUUCUGCUCUUCUGCUAAGGCUGGAAGGGACAGAAACCUGCAUAGGGACAUGAAGAGGAGCAAAGCCAGCAGCUUUAUUCUGCUGAAAAGUAAACCUGAAUGGACACUUUGAUUGAUACAAAUAACUUUUUCAGUUAAUAACCUUUCUUUAUGCCUAGAAAGUCAGUAAUAGUCAUGUACAGCCCUUCCUCAUUUUGAAUGUGCAGAAGUGAGCUUUUGGAUGAUGGUGGUUUUACUUACGGUACGGUAAGUGUAGCAUCCUGAAGGCUGAAUAAGAGGGAUGUCUAAAAUAACUCAGGUGGGAAAGGGACUCUGACGGGUCCUUUCAGAAAGCUGUCUGAGCCCUCCUCAAAGCGGGCCUGACCCCAGUGCUGGCCUGCAGAGAGCCUGUGUCCUGAAAAACACAAUGUAUGAGGAAGAGUUAGUAUGCAAUAAUCUAUCAAUGGGCUGAACACCUUACAGGAGCCUGGCUAAGCUGCUGGUUGCUGUACAGUUAUGCUGCCCUAUUAAUUUGUCAAAGAAGUGUUGGCUGGAAGGGACCUCUGCUUCACAUCAUCCAACAGCCUACUCAAAGCCAAACCGGCUGGCACAGUGUCAGGCUGGCCAUGGCUUCAUGUAGCCAAGGCUUGGAACCUCCAUGCAAGGCAGCUCCCCCCACCACCAAGGGGUGCUGCAUUGCCCUCCGUAUGGAAACGUUUUCCCACUGUCCAGUCUGAACCUUGCUACCCAGAGCUGGUGACUGU